AUGCCCUGUGAUGAGGGAGAGGAGCAGGCCGAGGAGGGAGAGGAGCAGGUCGAGGAGGGAGAGGAGCAGGCCGAGGAGGGAGAGGAGCAGGCAGAGGAGGGAGAGGAGCAGGCCGAGGAGGGAGAGGAGCAGGCCGAGGAGGGAGAGGAGCAGGCCGAGGAGGGAGAGAAGGAGGGCGAGCAAGACAACGCAUUUCCAUUACAGAUGAACUAA